GUAUUUCACUGUUCGAGUCCCUGAGCAUCCUAAGUCAUGUGAGCAUGCCCUGAAGCUGGGCCUCGAGCAUCUGUAUGAGGAGACCGAAUCAGAUGGAGUUUGGAUAUCUAAUGCAUUCAAUCGUUUUACCCCAAUUGAAGUGGAAACUCGAUUGAAGGAG